ACAAUAUUAAGAUAUUAAACCCAAAGCUCAGCUUUUCUUCUUCUUUCAUUUAGCUUGCAAAAAUGGUACUACUUGCUUAUUUUUCACUACUAAUUCUGCUGCUACUGAGUUCAUCAAAUUAUGCAACUGAUGAGUACUUUAUAACUGAUACUAAUUAUGUUCCUCAUAACGUGACCAAAUCAGAUGUCGAUCUUGUAGAAUUUCCUUUGAAUUUAGAGUACAUGGAAGCUGAAUUUUUCUUGUGGGGUUCAUUGGGCUAUGGAUUGGAUAAGUUUGCACCGGAACUUGCUGAUGGUGGGCCGUCACCUAUUGGUGCUAGAAUUGCAAAACUUAGCCCUCUUAUUAGAGAUGUCAUUGCUCAGUUUGGGUUCCAAGAAGUUGGUCAUGUCUGGGCAAUCAAGGCAACAAUAACAGGAUUUCCAAGGCCACUGCUAAAUCUAAGCAGAGAAUCAUUUGCAACAGUGAUGAAUGAUGCAUUUGGACAUCCAUUGGAACCACCUUUUGAUCCUUACGCUAAUGACAUUAAUUAUCUCCUUGCUUCGUAUGUCAUCCCUUAUGUUGGAUUCACUGGAUAUGUUGGAGCAAAUCCUAACCUCCAAAGCUCUACAGCCAAAAGACUAAUAGCAGGACUACUGGGAGUAGAAUCAGGUCAAGACGCAGUUCUAAGAACGCUUCUUUAUGAGCGAGGAAGAGAGAAUGUGGAACCCUACGGCAUAACGGUAACGGAGUUCACAAACCGAAUAUCAGAGCUGAGGAACAACCUGGGACGCCAUGGAAUUAAAGAUGAAGGACUUAAAGUGAAACGAGAAGUAGGUGCUGAAGGGAGCAUAAGGGGGAACAUACUUGCAGGGGACAAGUACUCACUUGCCUACGACAGAACUCCUGAGGAAAUAUUAAGGAUAGUGUAUGGAAGUGGGCAGGAGAAUAAACCAGGUGGAUUUUAUCCAAAUGGAGCUGAGGGUCGGAUUGCAAAAUCAUAUCUUGGAGCUGGAGGAGAACUAAUUAAAAAGCUGUAGAAAUGUUGCUUUCAGCAUGCAAUAAGUUAAAUGAGUAAUAAAGUGGGCAAAAGUGAUGUUUCACAUAUUGUUUGUGCUUCAAUGUCUAUUUAUCCCCUUUUCCACUUCAUUUGUAAAAUUUAAAAGUUUAUAAUAGUAAUUAUAU